AUCAAUAAUUUGUCAAUAAAUCAGGGCGAAAAAUGUCACUUGUCCACCGGACAAGUCAAUUGAAAGAUCUACUUGUCCGAUAUUGUAAAUAACACGUCCCGGACGGUGGGACGUGUACUUUUUUGCACACUGUAGAUACAAGGUGUGUGUGGACAGGAGGUGAGGGGACGAGUGUGUUUGCAGAAAGAGAUCGGGAUGAAGCGACACCAUGAUAAGUUAUCUAUCUCUUUGAUUAUCACUGUCUUCUGUUUGGGGAGCCUGCUGACCACUGCCUUCUGGAUCAUUGUGGACAACAGCCAUCUUGUACCAAGUAGACCACCUUCACCCAAGAAAAUCCCCCCUUGGCCCUCUGACCUUUGCAAAGGAUGCAGGGCGCUCAUUGAAAAAGUAAGAGAACGCUACUCAAAAACUUGGAAGAAGCAAGAAGAUCUUUACAGAAACCUCAGCUCUCAACUGAGAAGUCAGUGCCAGGGAUUUGACAGGGCCAUCAUUACCCAGGCCAACACUCCAGUGGGAUCAACUAUUGUGUACGCUAGGGAAAAGAACAAGAAGACCCUCAAGGUGACUCCAGAGAUUUUCAGCACCUUCAUAAAGGAGAAUCCAUUUCCAAAGAAAAAAUGGGAAACGUGUGCUAUUGUCGGGAACUCAGGGAUUCUGGCAAACAGCAGCUGUGGAGAGAUGAUCGAUUCGGCUGAGUUAGUUAUCAGGUGCAACCUACCUUCUUUGGGAAAAGGCUAUGAGAGACAUGUGGGCACCAAGACUGACAUCGUGACAGCCAACCCAAGCAUUUUGUUGAAGGAGUAUGGAGAUCUAAUGGGGCCACGCCGUCCAUUUGUGGAGAGUCUACAUAGCUACGGAAAAUCCAUGAUGGUUCUUUCCCCCUUCUCCUAUGCAGGCAAUACUCCGGUGUGCCUGAGGGCAGUAUACAGCAUUAGGGACUUUGAAAGUCCCAUUCAGCCCAUGUUCUUCAACCCUGAUUACCUCCGGAGUCUGAAAGACUUCUGGAGCUCCAGAGGCCUAACCAGAGGCCUACUCAGCAGCGGCUUACUGAUGGUUAGCAUAGCGCUGGAACACUGUGCCAACGUGCAUCUGUACGGUUUCUGGCCCUUCAGUAAUCAUCCAUUGGAACUCAAUGCCGUGAAAAACCACUAUUACGAUGAUAAAAAAGCAGUGAUGGGACCCACCUGUGGCACUUGAUUCCAGUAGAUAAGAGGGCUGCAGAACAGGCUCUCGGUCUCUCUCAGCUGCCCUGCUCGGUGCAGCAGGACAGCGCUCCUCUGUUCUGUUUGAUUGUUGUUUGUAACCACUGUGUUGCAUAAAAUAAGUGAUUGUUUUGGGCAACUCCGGUGUGGAACUGUUGUCCUUAUGUUACAAGCAGAGCCAGCUUGUAACAUAGUGCUGUCAAAAUUAUCGCGUUAACGCCGGUAAUUAAUUUUUUGAAUUAAUUGCGUUAAAAUAUUUAACGCAUUUAACGCAUGUUGUAACAGUUUACUUAUUUGGGGUGCCAGUCAGGUCUCAGAUUUUUCACGUUUCAGAUUUGGCUUAGUCAGUCAGUUUUUGUAAAUCUGCACAAAGGUGUAUACAUCUCUCUAAACACCCCACAUUGAAUGACAUUAAAAUAUAAGAAAAGACACAACUCAAAAUCAUAAUCACAAGUAGUAAGUGUAUUUUUGAAUACAAACAAAUUUGUCUUCCCACAGUUCAAAAUGUAAAUCCAAAACGUUCCACUCUGGGUGUCCUUCAAAAUAAAUAAAACAGUCAAUUACCACAGGAGAAUGUCAGUCGGUUUGAGCAAUCCAGUCCUGGUUUUUAAGGUUUUGUGAGAUGAGCGGCUCCUUUCAGCUUUGUAUGCAAUAAUCCAGGAACGUGAAGCAAGGGUAUGAUGCCGGAUGACGGUGGACCAGACAAACGGUACGGACUGUAAACGACCUAACUGCUGGUUGCUAACAGAUGAGCGUGUUGCUCCGCCGAUCCCUCUUGCUGCACACACACCUUUUCCUUCCGGCUCCGUCUAACUAAAUAGGGGGAAAAGGAAAUGAGGCGCCAACCAACAGCGAAUCACUGGCUGGGUGGGCGUUACCGUGAGUGACUACCGGUCACAUAAACACCGGUUGUUACAAUGUGCAGAAUGGCCCGCCCCAUACGUGCCACCAGUGGCAGUGCCAGGGUAUGGCUGGGGUAGGCUACACCCAUACCAAGAAAUGGCUUAGCCCCACCAUGAAAAAUGAUGUUAAAGUAAGCAAA